UGCCAUCAGCAGCUUGCGGCUGACCCUGAUCCGGCCUCCCCUCCGGAUCGCUCUGUCUGUCAACGCAACUUCGUCCUCUCUCUCUGUCUCACGUCUGCUUCUCUGUCUUCUCCUUGUUCUGUGUCCUCUCUCCAGGCCAAAGUGGAAAACGAGGUCCUAAAUUACAAAGACCUGGCCGCGCUGCCUAAGAUUAAAGCUAUUUAUGACGUGCAGCGGCCCGAUCUCAUUCCGUAUGAGUCUUAUCUCAGAUACUCCUCUGAUGACAGGCUAGAACGCUACAGCAAUGGGGAGGUACUGAGACGCUAGUGCUAAUCUAGUUGCCCUCUGUGUGUGGGUGUGGGUGUGUGAGUGCGUGCGCACGUGUGAUGCCCCCUGCCCUGUGCCUGCCGUCUCUGUGUCUCCCUGUUGCUACAUCCCCCCAGCUUCCCACUUUAGCCCCUGUAUGGUUGUACCGUGGUCACGUCACGCACCAUUUUAAAACAUUACUACAUCCUUGUGAGUCUCCUGCUUUGGUCACAGAUUUGAAUUGAAUUGAAUUGAAUUGAGGCACUCUACAAUAAAUCAUGUCAAUUAAGCUUUAUGUUUUCAUGCCAAGGCCUCUCUAACUAUUAAUUUAGGUUAUUUUACACCAGUAAACCAAAGCCGCAGACACAAUGGAUUCUUCAUGUUCACUGUUAGAUUUUCUAUGUGCUUGUCUUAACGUAAUAGCUUUAUGAACAACUACACAGAAAAAGGACUUUAAGUCAUAUUAUUCAUGGUUUAGUAAGCUCACGGGUCCCAUUUGAUCUAUCCUGUGUCUGGCUCUGAAUAGCACACUGCUAAGUAAUUCUGGAGAGCAUGGUGCUAUUGACUGACUGAUUCCACUCCUCUAUUCACUCCUCUCCUCUACAGUCUCUGGGAACUCUCUCUCCAUACUCUCAGGUAAUUACAUUCCAUACACUACUGCACUGAAUCAGUUGACAGGCAGGGGGAAUGGCUGAAUAGGAAUAAGUCUGGGAUGGGCAUAUUUGGGAGGUGUACAGUAUAUGUGGGAUAUAUUUGGGUCCAUGUGGCCUUAGAAGGGACUCGAUUGACUCAAUUAAAACUCUCAUUGGACUUGAUUAAAUAAAGUCAGUUAUUAGAUGAAAGAAGUAAAAAAAAAAAGUGAAUAGUGUGUUUAGAGUGUAAUGUGGUGAUAUAGAUGGUGCCAGACAGACAGAGUCCUGCAGACAGUGACCGGUGGCCUGCUGCUGUGUUUCCCAGGACAUUUAUGAGAGCGUGGAGCUGAGACAGAGGCGCUCGUCCAGCCCAGGUUUCAUAGACUCUCCCACCUACAGCCACCAGGGCAUGUCCCCCACCAUGUCCACCUCCCCACAGCACUGCUACCGCCCCGGUGAGUUACUUAACGUUACACGACCACGUCACACAGCACAACACAUAGGCAGGAGAAACUCCUCCCUGAAAAUGUUCAUGAAGAUUAAAUGGCGUAAAUCAUUUUGCCGUACAAUGUCAACAAGAAAGCAAUGCCGGACUGAGUUUGAUCGUGUUUGAAGGCGUAGGAGUGUGUGGAGAUGUGUUUUAUCCCCAUGCCUUUUGCUUCCUGUAUAGGUGGCUAGAACAACGUUAGUUUCAGGUUAACCCACUCAGGGUUAGGCGCCGCUCAUGCACCCACAUCACAAUCCCCUCCGGUACUACCACUCACAUCACACCCCUACCUUAUCUUCUCUAGACUCCUCUUUGAGUCUGAUAACACUGUAGUAUAUACAGUACAUAUUAUGUUCAGGUGGUGGUGGUAGUAGUAGUGGUGGUGGUAUACUACAGGGGAUUGCUCUUCCCUUCAUUCUCUCACGCUACAACAUCCAUCCCUCUUCCAGUGUCUAAUAGCAGGUCAUGAACCCUCGUUAGACCCUGCUAAACUAAAUUCACUGAAGCAGGCAUUAGAUAGUUUGUGUCAUGCUUUGCCACUGUUCAAAAAACCUAUCAGUCGUCUCUAGGGGAGACGCAUAGAGCUAUGCUAGUUUUAAAGUAAUAGAAUAUGUAGAAGACCAUCAUGGCAGACUUGGCAGUUGCUUUAUAUUUUUGUUUCCUCUGCACACAGUCAGGCAUAGUACACAUUUAGUACUAUAAACUAAAUGUCGACUGUCUUUGACUGGCUGUGUUUCUGUGAGCGUGGGCUGAGCUUUGGCUGUGGGAUGGGAUGGGUCUGGUUAAGGGGUGGUGCCAAUCUUUGGCUCAUGCUCUGGUUUCUGUCACUGUCAUUGGUCUUGGGCUGACUGUCUGCAGGCACUGAGAGUGGCAGGAGCUCUCCCAAUUACAGUCAGCUUGACACCAGGUCCACAAGGCACGCCACCUACCAAGCGCCCAAGCAUUUCCAUGUGCCAGGUAGGCCUCUGGUUUUCCUGUCCUUCACACCCAUCCUCCUCCUCUUCCUCCAAACUGUCCUCAACUGAAGUCAGACCUACAAGGUUUUUCCAAAGGUCACAAUAUGGGGACAUGUUACAGCCUACUUACUUCAUUACCCCCAGCCUCAGUUGACUGUGUGUGUUACCAUGUAUCUCUGCAUUGCUUAUCUCAUGUACAUUGACAUCCUCACCCCAUUCAUCAUGGCCAUUAUUCAGACUUCAUCACUUCAUCACAGGUUUUAUGGCAUGUGUUGUCUGUCAGGCGCUGUGCAGUAGCUCUUCCUCUUCCUCUAUUCUCUGUGCUGAGCAUCUAUUCUAAUCAGAUGCUGUGGCCGUCCCCUUCCAUCUGUUGAUAUUGUGUAUAAUAUACCUAUGUACAUGCACAGCAGCAGCCAUUAUACACUCAUCUGUUUUAUUGAUGGUGUCACUUUUAUCUCAGCUGCCUUACUCGUGCUGUGCCAUGUGUUGACACAUGUUCAUUUCCAGCGGAGCUAAGGGUUUCUGUGUGGAGGGAAAGGCAGUGAAUACAUAAAACAGCCUUGGUUUAUGAGUCAGCAGACAGACAGACAGACAGACAGACAAACAGACAGAGUGAGGGAGAGGUUUGUUAAGGAUCCACCAUGUGAAAGAGAUAUGAGGCUCUGUAGGUGAAGAGCCGUCACAAUGCCCUCUGUAGGGUUGUCUUUUCUCUACUCUGUCCAGACAAGGAUGUCAAAUGAUUGGCAAAAAGUGUUAUUUAUUUCACAUAUAGGAAUGCCUUUUUUAAAAAGUCUACAGUACAACUUCUAACAACUUGAACACCUACAACACUUUCCUCUUCUACCAUGUACCAUGGCAGGUAGCCUAGCGGUUAGAGCGUUGGGCCAGUAACUGAAAGGUUGCUGGUUUGAAUACCCGAGCCGACAAGGUGAAAAAUCUGUUGAUUUGCCCUUGAGCAAGGCACUUAAGACUCAUUUGCUCCAGGAGUGCUGUACUACUGUGUCUGACCCUGUAAAACAACACAUUUCACUGCACCUAUCUGGCAUAUGUGACAAUAUGUAUUCCCCGUCCUUGAUGAUCCUCUGUCUCCCCCCUCUUCUCGUUUUCCCUUUCCUCUGUCUCCCCCCUCUUCUCGUUUUCCCCUUUCCUCUGUCUCCCCCCUCUUCUCGUUUUCCCUUUCCUCUGUCUCCCCCCUCUUCUCGUUUUCCCCUUUCCUCUGUCUCCCUCCUCUUCUCGUUUUCCCUUUCCUCUUUUCACUGUUUCAUUUCCUCUCUCUCUUAUUUUGUGUCCUCAGCCACAGGCGAGCCCAACAUCUACAGGAAACCUCCCAUCUAUAAGAGACAUGGUAUAUGUGUGGGGCUGCCUGCCAUGAGGCACGGCUCCUCUCUGUUUAGAGACAUUGUCUGUGAUGUGUUUCAGCUGUGAUUGAUGUGUGUGUUGUGUGUGUCCCAACAAAACUCCACAUCUGAAUGUAUCAGCCUCUUACGACAAUAAUCAAGCUAAAACAUGAACCCCCAUCAAUGGUAGCUACCUGAUUGGAAGCAAUAAAGAGUCUGAGAGAAUGGAAUGCUAUUGGCCAUAUUUAUCUUUCAUAAUAUCAGAUUGAUUUGAUAAACACAGAUCUGAUCUGAUAUGAUACCCAAUUAAACACUUCUCAGUGCUGAGGCUAUACAUCCUAGUUUGAAGCUAGCUCACUGUUUCUGUAAUAUAUACUUUGCAUGCUAUUAACCAACUUGAACAGAGUGUACCUCAACCUAAUUCCCACCACAGUUAACUGAGAAGGAACAUUCUGAUCCUGUUUAAUGGAUUCACUGGGUUUAUUAGUGAGACUUGUCUUGCAUGAUCUUAGUACAUUAUGCUAGUGCUAGAACAUUAUGUCAGACUGCUGCUGGCAAGAAAUAAGUAUCAAUAUUCCUUCCUUUUGCUAAUAUUUUGAAUGAAAUUGUAUUUUAAUGGCACACUAAUGGCAGAUAUAUUUCACUUACUGUUUUUUUUUGUGGUGUGACUGUGAAUAUAAUUUCUGUUUCUUGUGCUAUGUGACGCACAGUCGUUUUACCUCUAGACUUCAGAGAUACUCAGUUUCCCUAUUUCAUGGUUAAGUAGUUGUGCUGCAUUGCUCACUAUAAGAGUAUAUAUAUGUCAGUGUCUCUCUGUACUGUUCACUGUCCUGUAUGGUUCUGUACAUUACAGACUCAUGGUGUUUUUCUGUUAAGAUACAGUAGCAUCAAACAUACCACUGAGACAUUUGGAUAAUAUGCUUCAGCAGUAAUUAUUUGCACAUAAAACCAUUGCUCCCAAGUUGUUGAGCUAGUGAAAAUCCCCUCUCAACAGGUAAUAUCACAUUAGACAAAGACUGUGCAUUGAUGCAAAAUAAUGUUCCUUCCUGCUACUCUGACAAACCACAUCAGAUUGAGCAAUACAAUCUCAGUGUUCACUGAGAGGAAACAUGGUUUGAAUGCAUUUCCCAUUCAAACACCAGAGAGAGGAGGAGAAACAGAGCAGAAAUGAUCUCUUUCAUUCAUAAUACAUUCAAGGGGAUGUCACAUCUCUGGAUACAAGCAAUAGGGAUACACGCAGGCUGUCGUAUACGCACAGGCUCAAAAUAGCACCAUGGAUCACAACAGAGUGUAGACCGCACUACACACACACCUAACACAAGUAUAAUAUGUUGAGAAUGAGACACCUGCCUUAGGCCAAGGGCUACCACUUCCACAGCCCCUUAUGAUCCAGACUGGUCUCAUUAUCCAACCUCUUAAGAGCUGAUUCUGAAUUCCAUCAGGACACGCAUCUUUCUGACUGACUCAGUGCUCCUGUCCUUCAAUAGUUAUUGCCACCUUAUGAUUUGCAAUGCAACCCUCUCAUGCUGGAAUCCCACCAGAACCUGUGCAGAGGUAGCUAGAAAGUGAUAGAAAUCAUUGAGAGCAGAGUGGUCAUCUAUCAACAGAGAGGUGGACAGAGGUACGAUGAGUUGACAUCAGGCGCUGGGUUACAGGACUUGAGACAGGCUUCCUUCCACGGUCCACCUAGUAAUUUAUGACAGAGGGGGGUCACACAAUGUAUGUGUGUGUGGUUUUACCCGUGGCCUGUAAUGCACAUAACUGUUUGCUUAAUCCACAUGGAGGGUAACAUAGUGUUAACUUUGCUAGAGAGCCUUGCAAGUGUCCUUGUCUGUUUACAUCCUAGCUGAUUGGUUUACCUCCAUGUGCGUAGCAGAUCUGUUUUGUCCUUUAUUUUUUCUCUAUGUGGAUAAUAUAACCUUCCUUCUUUUCACUCUCCCUCUCCCUUUAUCCUGCUUUACUGACCUUGGUCAACUCUCCUCUUUGUAAGUACCUGGGCCAGUCUAUCCAUCUGCAGUCCAUCUUUAUCUGAGCACUUACCAGUGCCUCAGAUACAGUAUUAUUUGUGAUUAAUAUUGGCAUCUAUACUUAUUUACCUCCCCUCUCCCUUCGCUCUGUCAUCCAUGGCCUUGAGCCUCAUUUUGCUGUGUAUUAAUUAGCUCAUUAACCUGAGUGAUCCUUUGUCACUCCUCUUAGAGACUAACUAGACUGCCUGCCUUCCCACCACGUCUCUGACUGCCUCACUCGGUCUGCAUUACCGUGCGUGCGUGCGUGCGUGCAUGCGUGCGUGCGUGCUCUCACCUCAUUAUGUUCUCUCCCUACAGAUGAUUCUGGCUACUCAGCCACUAAGAGUAAAACCAGCGUGGACAUCCUCCAGACCUCCCAGUUUACUGACUCCUACUCUCCUGACCACUACCACCAGCAGUCUAACUACUACCCCUACACUCCCUCUCCCAAAGGUACUGCUUCCGGAGGACCAAGAGAACUCACUGUUGGCUAAAUGGGUUAUUGAGAAAUGGACUGAUGUGUAUCGAUGAAGUUAGAGAUUUGAAGAGAGCAUGUCUUGGUCAUAGAUUUCCUGUGCCAUUUCAACUCUCUCUCUCAGAGGCUAUGCUUUACAGUAACCAGGUUUCCUUCCAACCUUUUUAUGUGAGUAAAGUGCAUGUCGGAUUAAAAAAAUUCACGACUGUAAACUUUCCAAAUGUCGACAAAACAAAAUACGCUAGACAAGGUGGAAUCUUUUUUUGUCUGUAAAAUUAAUACUGCGAGAAAUGGCGGUGGGAACACCUUUAUGCUCAAAUAUUGAUAUAAUAACCAUCAUAUGGAAGUAAAAUUGGAGUCACCUGAUGAUAUGUUGUGUGGUCCUCCCACUACGACUCAGGAAAGCAUGCAGUUUGUUAUACUACAUAUUAUAUCAGUUAGGAUGAACUUCACAGGGUGGUGAAGGUGCACGGUGAUGAGCUUGAUGCUCCUUUCCAAUAAAUAUCGAGGGUGACAUGAUGAUCGAUGCUUGUCUGCCGUUUGACAAACACAAAUAAUCUCUUUUGUCCAUAAUUAUCUCAUCAUGUAGGCUAUAUCUGCGAAGCUGUUGGUUAGAGCGCACAUGCCGCUAUAUAACAAAUCAAAUUUAAUUUCUCACAUGCUUCAUAAACAACAGGUGUAGACUAACAGAGAAAUGCUUACUUACCAACAAUGCAGAGAGAUAAAAAAGAGAAAUAGUAGAAACAUUUGAAUAAUAACACAAGGAAUAAAUAGAAAAAUAAUAAAAGUAGUAAUAAAUACACAAUGAGUAUCGAUAACUUGGCUAUACAGUGCAUUCGGCAAAUAUUCAGACCCCUUUACUUUUUCCACAUUUUGUUACGUUACAGCCUUAUUCUAAAAUUGAUCAAAUAGUUUUCCCUCAUCAAUCUACACACAAUACCCCAUAAUUACAAAGCAAAAACUGUUUUUUAGAAAAUGUUGCACAUUUAUUAAACAUUAAAAACUGAAAUAUCAUAUUUACGUAAGUAUUCAGACCCUUUACUCAGUAAUUUGUUGAAGCACCUUUGGCAGCAAUUACAGCCUCAACUAUUCUUGGGUGUGAUGCUACAAGCUUGGCAAACCUGUAUUUGGGGAGUUUUUUCCAUUCCUAUCAAGCUCUGUCAGGUUGGAUGGGGAGCGUCUCUGCACAGCUAUUUUCAGGUCUCUCCAGAGAUGUUCACUCGGGUUCAAGUCCAGGCUCUGGCUGGGCCACUCAAUGACAUUCAGAGACUUGUCCCGAAGCCACUCCUGCGUUGUCUUGGCUGUGUGCUUAAGGGUCGUUGUCCUGUUGGAAGGUGAACCUUCGCCCCAGUCUGAGGUCCUGAGCACUCUGGAACAGGUUUUCAUCAAGGAUCUCUCUGUACUUUGCUCCGUUCAUCUUUGCCUCGAUCCUCACAGCAUGAUGCUGCCACCACCAUGCUUCAGGGUUGGUGCCAGGUUUCCUCCAGACGUGACGCUUGGCAUUCAGGCCAAAGAGUUCUAUCUUGGUUUCAUCAGACCAGAGAAUCUUGUUUCUCAUGGUCUGAGAGCCCUUUAGGUGCCUUUUGGCAAACUCCAAGCGGGAUGUCAUGUGCCUUUUACUGAGGAGUGGCUUCCGUCUGGCUACUCUACCAUAAAGGACUGAUUGGUGGAGUGCUGCAGAGAUGGUUGUCCUUCUGGAAGGUUCUCCCAUUUCCACAGAGGAACUCUAGAGCUCUGUCAGAGUGACCAUCGGUUUCUUGGUCAUCUCCCUGACCAAGGCCCUUCUCCCCCGAUUGCUCAGUUUGGCCGGGCGGCCAGCUCUAGGAAGAGUCUUGGUGGUUUCCAACUUCUUCCAUUUAAGAAUGAUGGAGGACACUGUGUUCUUGGGGACCUUCAAUGCUGCAGAAAUGUGCUGGUACCCUUCCCCAGAUCUGUGCCUUGACACAAUCCUGUCUCGGUGCUCUAUGGACAAUUCCUUCGACCUCAUGGCUUGGUUUUUGCUCUGACAUGCACUGUCAACUGUGGGACCUUAUAUAGACAGGUGUGUGCCUUUCCAAAUAAUGUCCAAUCAAUUGAAUUUACGACAGGUAGACUCCAAUCAAAGUGUAGAAACAUCUCAAGGACGAUCAAUGGAAACAGGAUGCACCUGAGCUCAAUUUCGAGUCUCAUAGCAAAGGGUCUGAAUACUUAUUAUGUAAAUAAGAUAUUUCAGUUUUUUCUUUUUAAUACAUUUGCAAUAAUUUCAAAAAACCUGUCAUUAUGGGGUAUUGUGUGUAGAUUGCUGAUUUUAAAUACAUUUUAGAAUAAGUCUGUAAUGUAACAAAAUGUGGAAAAAGUCAAGGGGUCUGAAUACUUUCCGAAGGUAUUGUGUACACGGGGUAACAGUACCGAGUCGAUGUGCACGGGUACGAGGUGAUUGAGGUAGAUAUGUACAUAUAGAUAGGGAUAGAUAAUAGACAGUGACAGCAGUGUAUGUGAUGAGUCAAAAGAGAUUUGUGCAAAAAGGGUCAAUGCAGAUAUUCCUGGUAGCUAUUGGUUAACUAUUUUGGGGGUAUAAGCUGUUCAGGGUCCUGUUGGUUCCAGACUUGUUGUGUCUUUACCGCUUGCCGUGUGGUUGCAGAGAGAACAGUCUAUGACUUGGGUAGCUGGAGUCUUUGACAAUUUGUAGUGCCUUCCUCUGACACCGCCUGGUAUAAAGGUCCUGUAUGGCAGGGAGCUCGCCCCCAGUGAUGUACUGGGCCGUACACACUACCCUCUGUAGCGUCUUGCGGUCGGAUGCCAAGCAGUUGCCAUACCAAGCAGUGAUGCAGCCAGUCAAGAUGCUCUCAAUGGUGCAGCUGUAGUACAUUUUGAGGAUCUAAGGGCCCAUGACAAAUCUUUUCAGCCUCCUGAGGUGGAAGAGGCGUUGUUGUGCCCUCUUCAUGACUCUGUUGAUGUGUGUGGACCAUGAUAGUUCCUUAAUGAUGUGGACACAGAGGAACUUGAAGCUCUUGACAACAGCCCGGUCGAUGUGGAUGGGGGCAUGCUCGGCCCUACGUUUCCUGUAGUCCACGAUCAGCUCCUUUGUGUGGUCUGCAAACGUAAUGAUGGUGUUGGAGUCGUCCACAGCCACACGGUCAUUGGUGAACAGGGAGUACAGGAGGGGACUAAAGGGGCCCCGUGUUGAGGGGCAGCGUGACAGAUGUGUUGUGGCCUACCCGCACCACCUGGGAGCGGUCCGUCAGGAAGUCCAGUUGCAGAGGGAGGUGUUUAAUCCCAGGGUCCUUUGCUUAGUGAUGACCUUGGAGGGCACAAUGAUGUUGAAUGCUGAGCUGUAGUCAAUUAACAGCAUUCUCAGGUAGGUGUUCCUUUUUUCUAUGUGGGAAAGGGUAGUGUGGAGUGCAAUAUUGCAUCAUCUGUGGAUCUGUUGGGGCUGUAUACGAAUUGGAGUGGGUCCAGGGUGUCCGGGAUUAUGGUGUUGAUGUGAGCCAUGACCAGCCAUUCAAAGCAUUUCAUGGAUACAGAUUUGAGUGCUACGGGGCGAUAGUCAUUUAGACAGGUUACCUUGGCGUUCUUGGGCACAGGGACUAUGGUGGUCUGCUUGAAACAUGUACAGGAGGUAUUACAGACUUGGUCAGGGAGAGGUUGAAAAUGUCAGUGAAGACACUUGCCAGCUGGUCAGCCCAUGCUCUGAGUACAUGUCCUGGUAAUCCGUCUGGCCCUGCGACCUUGUGAAUGUUAACCCGUUUAAAGGUCUUGCUCACAUCGGCUAUGGAGAGCGUAAUCACACAGUCAUCCGGAACAGCUGGUGCUCUCAUGCGUAGUUCAGUGUUGCUAGUCUCGAAGCACGCAUAGAGGGUGUUUAGCUCGUGUCACUGGACAGCUCGAGGCUGGGUUUCCCUUUGUAAUCCGUGAUAGUUUGCGAGCCCUGACACACCCGCCAAGCAUCAGAGCCGGUGUAGUAGUAUUAGAUCUUGGUCCUGUAUUGACGCUUUGCCUGUUUGAUGGUUCGUCGGAGGGUGUAGCGGGAUUUAUUUUAAGCAUCCGGAUUAGUGUCCCACUCAUUGAAAGCGGCAGCUCUAGCCUUUAGCUCAGUGCGGGGAUAUGUACGCUUCAUUUGACCACUUCCGGUACUUCCUGUUUGAGUUUUUGCUUGUUAGCAGGAAUCAGGAGGAUAAAGUUAUGGUCAGAUUUGCCAAAACCAUCAGUAGAGUUAAAAAUGUGAUGGAAACCCAUUUAACUUUUAUUUUUUAUUUGGUACAUGAGAAUUUAAUUGCAUAAGUUAUUUUUAUGUGCAUUAUGUCAUCACGUACAGCCUUUUAUUCACAACAAGUACAUUUGAUGGAAACACAUCUCUGGUGGGAAAAUGUGCAUAUUGUUUUUAUGCAGUUUUUUUUAUAUUCACAUGAAAAUCUGUCGCCAGUUGGAUGGAAACCUUGCUAGAAAUUGUGAUUUCUCUCUCUGUCCUUUCUCUCGCUCGCUCUCUCUCUUUCUCUCUCAUCUCAGCUACUCGUGCCCGGAGGUUUUCCUCAGGUGGAGAGGAGGAUGGAUGGAAUCAAAGUCUUAACAGAGUCAGUAUGACACCAAUAAAUGCUAUUCAAAAUAUUGUUCAUUUGUAUUUGUGACUGAGAAAGCGUGGACCAAUAAUAAGGAAAUUUUGGCAAUAUUAAUUUUAUUUUAAAUUCAUUAUUUCUCAGGAUGUGUUAUUUCUUUAAAGAUUUGAAAUGCAGAAAGAUUCAGUAAAUAUCUGUGAGACUAGCAUUACUCAACAUUGCUUGUUUGUUGUGGGGUAAAGAACAAGGUAUGGCUGUGAAUAUUUCAUAAAUGUUGCCUACAGGGAAAAACAGUGUUCAGCCCCAGACAUUAUUCAUAUUGUACUGCUCAAGCCAUAUUCCUCUCUUUCUUUGUCUCUUUUGCAUCUCUCCUUUUCCUUUCACUUCUCUCUCUAUCUCGCUCCCCCCUCUCGCCCUCUCUCUCUCUCUCUCUCUCUCUCUCUCUCACUCAUUCUCUCCCUCUCCAUCUCUUCCCUAGCUCCAAGGUGGUAUAGGCCGUAUGAUUCUGAAGGAGGAGAUGAAAGCCAGGUCGGGUUCCUAUGACAAUGACCCAUGGGGCAGCGCCCGAAACUCCCGCACCAACUCCCGCAGCGGCAGCAAAGAGGCCCUGCACAACGUGGGCUACAACAACACUGUCAACGGAUGUAAGAACACCAUUAUCCACUUUAUAUUACAGCUCUGAUAACGAUUUAGGACUGGUGCUGAACACCAGUCCAUAAACAUCACUGUCAUCCUUUUAUCCACACUGACAUAGCAUUGAGACUAUAUUGUGAAUCUCAGUGUCGGCAAUAUUUGACAAGCCAGUUGUUUUCUCUGUUCUCUCAUGUGCAUUGCUCAUCCGGAUCCUGGUGCUAUAUGAAUAGCUAUGGGGAAGGUGUGUCUGUCCGUCCUUAGCUAGCUCCUCAGCAGCAGGGUGGAGGUUAGAGGAGAGCAGAGUGAUAGGGGUCUGAGCCAGACAGAGAUGGGAGAUGAGUCUGUUAAAUCUCAGCCUCUGAUGGACUGUCUGACUGACUGGCAAAUGCUGUUAUGAGAGGAGCCGCUCCAUAGUGACUCAGCGGUCCAAAAAUAUCAUAGGUGCAUCCCAAAUUAGUUAACUCUUAGAUGAAUUGAAAACCCUCAGGGUUGCCAGAUUGUGUAUAAAUUGAAGUGAGCGCUAUGUUGUUAUAGUUGAGAUCCCCCUCAGGGUUGCCAUACAUGAUAUGUGGUCAGAGCUUCCAUCCCUGUGGCUGUGGGAAUUAAUGUAUCUGUCUCUGUACCCAAAACACGAAGAGAGAGACGAGGAGAGAGGAGGAGAGAGAGAGAGAUGAGAGGGAGAGAGAGGAGAGGAGAGAGAGGAGAAGAGAGGAGAGAGGAGAGCCGAGAGAGUAGAAGAUGGGGUAGGAGAGAGAGAUGAAGAGAGCUGUAGGAGGAGUGGUAUCAGAGAGGAGCUGUGAGGUCUGAGACGAAGGAGCUGGGUAUAAUCGGGAGUUACAAUAGAAGAUCUACAGGAGAGAGAGAAAAGGAGCUGUGGUCAGGGCUAAACCAUAGAAAGGUAUCACUAUACCUCCCUGAGAGAAACCCUGACCCCUCUAAACCAACAGCACAGUGGGGGGCAGGAGAAUGUGGGAUUCAUCCAACCACACACAAACACCAUGCUCCAAGUUGUAGCACAUAAACAUACCCACCCUGACACACACAGAGGUAAUUGAACAUUCUGUAUAUACAGUGCCUUGCAAAAGUAUUCAGACCCCUUGGAUUUCUUCAUAUUUUAUUGUGUUACAAAGUGGGAUUAACUCAGGAACAUUCACUGUCUUCUUGGUAAGCAACUCCAAUGUAGAUUUGGCCUUGUGUUGUAGAUUAUUGUCCUGCUGAAAGGUGAAUUAAUCUCCCAGUGUCUGGUGGAAAGCUGACAAUCAGGUUUUCCUCUAGGAUUUUGCCUGUGCUUACCUCCAUCCAGUUUCUUUUUAUCCUGAAAAACUCCCCAGUAGUUGCCGAUGUCAAGCAUACCCAUACCAUGAUGCAGCAACCACCAUGCUUGAAAAUAAGGAGGCACUUACUCAGUGAUUUGCUCCAAACAUAAGGCUUUGCAUUUAGGCCAAAAAGUGUAUUUAUUAUUUUGAACUCUGUAGCUGUUUUAAAAUCACCAAUGGCCUCAUGGUAACAUCCCUGAACAGUUCCAUCCCUAUCCUGCAGCUCAGUUCAGAAGAACGACUGCAUCUUUGAUUUGUCUGGGUGGUUUAAUACAUCAUCCACAGCAUAUUUAUUAACUUGACCAUGCUUAAAGAUGUAGUCAAUGUCGGAUUUCUUAUUGUUACCCAUCUAUCUACCAAUCACUGCCCUUCUUUAUGAGGCUUUUGAAAAGCUCCCUGGUCUUUGUAGUUGAAUCUGUGCUUGAAAUUCCAUACUUGACUGAGGGACCUAUAUGAUUGUUCUUCCACUUUGACAUUGCUGACUAUUUUGUGUAGAUUGAUGACAAAAAUGACAAUGAAAUCCAUUUGAAUCCCACUUCGUAACACAAUAAAAUGUGAAGAAAUCCAAGGGGUCUGAAUACUUUUGCAAGGCACUGUAGCAAGACAUGCACAAUGCUGCACAUCCCAACACACACACACACACACACACACACACACACACAUAUACACACAACCUUGGCCUUCAGCCCCUCUCCCUGAUUACACUGCAUACGAAGCCAGCACAGGAGAGAAAUCUGAUACACUGUGACCAACUGACCCUGUUUAUCUAUCAUAGCAGUUUAUCAUCUCUCAUCUCUAAUGACAACACACAGGCAGGCAGAGAGCAGAGCAGUGAGGAAACGGUCCACUUCCUCAUAGAGCUGAGACUGUGCCGUAGGUAGCCAUAUGUUUCUGGCUGCACACUUACAUCGAGCCUCCUCUCUCCUCCUUACUCAUCACAUUAAGUGUAUGUUUGCAUGUUAGGGUGUGGAAACGAGAGUGAGAGAGCAAGAAGGAGAGGGAGAAUGUGUGUUUUGUUGUGUACUGCAGGGCGUACAUACAUAUGACUUCCCCCACCGCCCCACUCCAGUUGAAGGCUUAUGUCCCUCUUCCUGUUUUAUUGAUGAGUCAUAAAAGCUGCCGCCAUGUUUAAUGGAUGUUGUCAUUCUCUUUGGGGAAAGUGAGAACACAACCAGCAACAGCACCAGCCAGCCACACUGACUCAUAUGAUGCACAUGAAAGCUUUCUAAAGGAGCCAUUGAUCUGGGUGAUUAACCUGACUGUUGGGUGACGUCCCAAAUGGCACCCUUUUCCCUAUAUUGUGCGGUACUUUUGACCAGGGCCCAUGGUCAAAAGUAGUGCACUAUAUAAGGAAUAGGGUGCCAAUUGGGACUCACCCUUUAAUAUACAUAUUGUGGGGAGAUUAAAUGGUUAUUCAUCUCACUGAACCCACUUUCAUGUAAGUCCUCCUUGUUGUAUAUCUCUUGUAUUCUUGUUAUGUGUGUUAAGUCCUACUAGGACCAAACAGUGGCAUUGUUGUCUGGCAUUGUUCUUACAGACCUCUUCCAUCUCUCCAUCCUCACUGUAAUCCAUGAGAAGCUGUGUCAUACUAUAGCUCCUAGAACAUUGUUUCUCUCAAACUUGUGAACCGCAGCUGCUAUGUGUUUGGUAUCUUUCAUCAUUGUCAUGACCCUGGAUUCAAGACUGAUUGUAUCAGGAGGGUCUUUCAAGAUUCUGUUGAGAAACCGUUAUAGGAUCUUUAUGAGACCAGAUGAGAACACUUAACCGUGCAUCUCUACAAGCAGAGGCUGUAUCUAACCAUGUCAACUCUCUCUCUCUCCCCCGCUCCCCCAUCGCUACUCCGGUCGUUCAAACAUCUUCCGAUAGGAUGAGAUCUAUGCUCUAUUCUAUAGAUAGCUGAGGGGAGAGAGAGAGUAGAGUCUAUAGAUCUGCUCUGUCUCGAGAGAUGUCUAUACUCAUAAUCUCUCUCUUCUCUGUAGUCUCUCUCUCUCUCUUCCUACUCUCUCUCUACUACUCUCUCUCUCUUCUCUCUUCUCUCUCUCUUCUCUCUCUCUCUAUCUAUCUCUCUCUCUCUCUCUCUCUCUCUCUCUCUCUCUCUCUCUCUCUAUCUCUCUAUCUUCUGUCUCUGUCUGCCUCGUCUCUGCCUUAUUCUCCUAUCUCUCUCUGUCUCCAACUAUAUAUCGCUCUCUCUGCAGCUCCCACCAGAUCCCACUACAAUGCAGGCAGUGGUGAGUGAUGUGACUCAGUGUCCUACUGUGCCUUGUCUGUCUGUGUACAGAGCUGAGGGUCAUCACAAGGGGACAGUAGAGUUACAUCAGUGUAUGAAAAAUGAGCUCUUUAGCCAUGUCACUUAUCUGAUAUUGAUUGAUUCAUUCCACUCUGACCCUGUUUGUUCUCUGUAUGUUACAAUGAUCAUGACAAUGACAACAAAUGCCAUUUUAAGAGCAUGAAAUCAAUUAUGCUCAUAGUUGUUUACAAAAGGAUUACAAGUCAUGCAUGUUGCAUGGUAGAGGAAAUAACAAUGUAAGAUACAGUACAUAUUCUGCUACAUAAUGGCUUUUGAUCCAGGCUUUGCCAUUUCUUUGUAAUGUCAUUGCCUGUAAAUGAAAAUUACAGAGAGACAAAGACAGGGAUUCUCCAUUGUGUUUGCUCUUAGCGCCCCCUGUUGUCUCUUAUACAGACCUGCAUGUGUUCCCUGUUAGAAACACUAAUUGCCCCAUCCCUCACUGAGUGUUUCCACUGAUGUGUGCUGUGUUCUGCUGGGACCCAGUGUGUGGGUGUGUUGUAGCUCACAGGCUGAACGGUAGGGAUGCUUGUGUUUGCUCACUUUCAGACUCCUUCGUCGCCAAGUCAUCCUCGUUGCCAGGGUAUGGCAGGAACGGACUGCACAGGGUGAGUUCUCUGAGGGUGGGGGGAGUGACGGGGUCACAGGGUAUGGGGGUUGAAAUGGGCCCUGUGGACCCAAAUCUGCUCAAGACCAAUACCUUGUGGCUAUGGCCUGAUGUGUAUGAAAAUGUAUGCACUCACUAACUGUAAGUCACUCUGGAUAAGAGUGUCUGCUAAAUGACUAAAAUGUAAUGUGGGCUUUGUUUAUCUUUAAAAUAAUUGUACUUGUUGUCUGUCUCUUUCAGCCCCAGAGUGCGGAUUAUUUCCAGUACGACAGCAGCAAUGCAGUGAACUGGGGAAUCAGAGGUUAGCGAGAAUGGGUUCACCUUUCGAUAUCAUGCCUUGAAUACAAAAUACAUAACCAAUGAGAAUAUGAAUAAAUGUGAUGAUCAGUUACUUUUCUCUCUUUUUCUACAGAAUACAAGGUAAGAUGUUAUGCAAAUUCAGGAACAAACUGACCAUCACUAAACCAAAGGUAAACUGACAGUAGAGAACUCUAGAACAGAAAAGAGCCUAAUAAGAAAAGAACAGUGAGAGCAUCUUCCCACUGAUCUGCUGCUUUGUCUCUGAGAGGAAGUCUGGGGGGUUUGUUGUCAGAGGAAGUACAGGUGAAUGUAUUACCCAGGCAAACGUCUGUGAGUCGUUGACAAUAGGAUGGGCAGCAUUGCUUUGUCUGCGUCUGGUGUGAAAAUCUAAACACGUUGAAUGUUUUGCUCAUAACCACAGUAUGUCCAGUGGUGUAAGGUACUUAAGGUAAAAUACAUUAAAGUACUACUUAAGUAGUUUUUUGGGGUAUCUGUACUUUACUUUACUAUGUAUAUUUUUGACUACUUUUACUUUUACUUCACUACAUUCCUUAAGAAAAUGAUGUACUUUUUACUCCAUACAUUUUCCCUGACUCCCAAAAGUAUUUGUUACAUUUUGAAUGCUUAGCAGGACAGGAAAAUGGUCCAACUCACGCACUUAUCAAGAGAACAUCCCUGGUCAUCCCUACUGCCUCUGAUCUGGAGCACUCACUACAUUUACAUUUACAUUUUAGUCAUUUAGCAGACGCUCUUAUCCAGAGUGACUUCUAAACACAAAUGCUUUGUUUGGAAAAGAUGUCUGCGUGUUAUAGUACAUUUUUUAAACAAUAAAAUUGUGCCGUCUGGUUUGCUUAAUAUAAGCAAUUUGAAAUUAUUUAUACGUGUACUUUUACUUUUGAUACUUAAGUAUAUUUUUGCAAUCAAUUUACUUUUGAUACUUAAGUAUAUUUAAAACCAAAUACUUUUAUACUUCAACUCAAGUAGUAUUUUACUGGGUGACUAUCACUUUUACUUGAGUCAUUUUCUAUUAAGGUAUCUUUACUUUUACUCAAGUAUGACAAUUAGGUACUUUUUCCACCACUGAGUAUGUCACAAACUGACCAUCACUAAACCAAAGGUAAACUGACAGUAGAGAACUCUAGAACAGAAAAGAGGAAAUUGAGCCUAAUAAGAAAGGAACAGUGAGAGCAUCUUCCCACUGAUCUGCUGCUUUGUCUCUGAGAGGAAGUCUGGGGGGGUUUCUAUUAAGGUAUCUUUACUUUUACUCAAGUAUGACAAGUAGGUACUUUUUUCCACCACUGAGUAUGUCACUCCUCCCUCAGAUCUACCCAUAUGACGUGUUGGUGGUCACCAUAAGGGGGCGCAACCAGCCCCCCAAUGAUGUGGACAGAGCCAGACUAGAGGUGAGUUUCUCUCAGCUUUGUAAACAUGCAAGUAAUGAAAACCUCUCACUGCACAUACUAUGGAGCAAGUUGAUUGUAUUUCUAUUUCUGAGAUGGUUAUGACAAUAUCACCCCAACAACACUAAUAUAUGUGUGUAAUCUCUCUCUGCCAGCGCCACCUGUCUCCUGAGGAGUUCUACCGGGUGUUUAGGAUGACUAUGGCUGACUUUGACCGGCUGGCACUGUGGAAGAGAAACGAGCUGAAGAAACAAGUCAGGCUGUUC